CUCUUACUGUAUUACUUUCUCAGUCAGACGCUCUACGUUAUGUUGAUUUUGUUUAUGCUUGUUUGGACUCCGAACCUCAACCCAAAAGUUCCUCCACAUAUCACCAUCCUGGUUUCUCUCGCUGUGUUUUUCCUUCAUGUUAUUCGACGAUUUUAUGAAACGAUUUACAUCUCAUGCUUCGGAAAGAACCAGAUGUCCAUCACACACUUCACGGUUGGCGAGCUCUUUUACUGCGCCGUUCCAGUAGCCCUACACUGUACACGCAACGAAGCAGGUAAGCAAUCAGAUACAUAUCUUCAUAAACCCGGCAUAAAGCCUCAUUAUUCUGAAUAUGAAUCGGCGAAUGGCAGAUAUUUCGUUCCCGUGGGCAGUAUGUUUCAACACAUAUCCUGUCCCCAUUUUUUGUUUGAGAUUGCUUUGUACUUAUCAUUUCAUUGGUUUCUUACCGCACGCUGGACUUUGUUCUCACACAUCGUCCUUUUCGUCUUUAUCAAUCAAACAUGUGCAGCCUGGAUAACACACAACUGGUACCAAGAACACUUUCCCGAAUGGGCAGCAAUACGUUCUGCCUUGGUGCCUCAUAUAUUUUGA